AUGGCUGCACGACCUCUUGUGAGUUUGGUGACUGGGGCAGGCUCGGGCUUUGGAGCCCUGACGGCACGAGCGCUCGCACGGUCAGGCCACACCGUCUACGCCGGGUUUCUGCAAUCCAACGACGACAGCAAGACCACGGUGUAUAAUGAUGCCGCGACAUUCGCCAGAGAGAACAGCUGUCAGCUUCGAGGCAUACAACUCAAUGUCGUCAAGGACGACUCGAUCAGUAGAGCGGUCGACCAGAUCAUGGCCGACGAGGGGAAGAUCGACGUUGUUGUACACAAUGCCGCCUACACGCCCGAGCAAUUCCUGGAUAUGUACGAGGUCAACUGCUUGUCGUGCCACCGCCUCAACCGCGCGGUGCUGCCGCACAUGCGCCGCGCCGGCACGGGCUUGCUGGUGUGGGUGACAUCGAGCAGCGCGCACGGGCCCAGCUCGCCGUUCCUGGGGCCGUACUUCGCGGCCAAGGCGGCGCAGGACUCGCUGGCUCAGACCACCGCCGUGGAGCUGACGCCCUUCGGCAUCGAGACCUCGAUCGUCGUGCCCGGCGUCUUCACCCGCGGCACCAACCACUUCGCUACGGCCAUGAACCCCGGCGACGCCGCCGUCGAGCGCGAGUACAUGGGGGACGACGGCCCGCUGAGGGGUUGGGCCCGCGUCAGCGCCGAGGGCCACGACAAGAUCGUCUCCCCGGACGCAGAUCCAAGCGCCGUGGCGGAAGCCGUCCGUCGCGUGGUCGAUACCCAGCACGGACACCGGCCCUUCAGGGUGCACGUCGAGUACGAUGGCGGGGGGGCGACCAUCGUCAACGGCGUCCGGGAUCUGGUGAGGGAGACGUUUCUCCGAAAGCUGGGCCUCGCGGACCUCCUGAAGGUCAAGCAGCAAGGGUAG